AUGGCCGCGUGCGCAGAUCUAAGUAAGUCCCCGCCGCCGAAUGGGACUCCGUGUGCGGACGCAGCCGGCGACGCCGUGGACCCCUCCCACGCGUGCAGCGUCCUCAGGCAGCUCAGAGCCAUGUACGAGGAGGCACAGCUGACGGACAUCGUGGUGGAAGUGGACCACGGGAAGACCUUUUCCUGCCACAGGAACGUGCUCGCUGCCAUCAGCCCCUACUUCAGAUCCAUGUUCACUAGUGGCCUUACAGAAAGUACCCAGAAAGAAAUUCGAAUAGUUGGUGUUGAAGCUGAAUCAAUGGAUUUAGUACUGAAUUAUGCCUACACCUCCAGAGUUGUUCUGACAGAGGCCAACGUUCAAGCCUUGUUCACUGCCGCUAGCAUCUUCCAGAUCCCAUCUAUCCAGGACCAGUGUGCUCAGUACAUGGUCAGUCAUCUGGACCCACAGAAUUCCAUUGGGGUCUUUAUCUUUGCUGAUCAUUAUGGUCAUCAGGAACUUGGAGACAGAUCAAAAGAGUAUAUUCGUAAAAAGUUUCUGUGUGUCACCAAAGAACAGGAGUUUCUGCAGCUGACAAAAGACCAGCUGAUAAGCAUUCUAGACAGCGACGACCUAAAUGUGGACCGAGAAGAACACGUGUAUGAAAGCAUUGUGCGGUGGUUUGAACACGAACAGAAUGAACGAGAAUCGCACCUUCCAGAAAUUUUUGCCAAAUGCAUACGUUUUCCUCUGAUGGAAGAUACCUUCAUAGAGAAAAUUCCACCUCAGUUUGCACAGGCCAUCGCCACAGGCUGUGUGGAAAGGGCACCGUCCAACACCAAUGGCUGCACUCAAAGGCUGGGGAUGACUGCUUCUGAAAUGAUCAUAUGUUUCGAUGCUGCCCACAAACACUCGAUAAAGAAGCAAACAGUGCCUUGUCUGGAUAUUGCCACAGGAAGGGUGUUUAAGCUAUGCAAACCACCGAAUGACCUGAGAGAAGUUGGGAUUCUGGUAUCGCCAGAUAAUGACAUUUACAUUGCAGGAGGGUACAGGCCAAGCAGCAGUGAGGUCUCCAUUGACCACAAGGCAGAAAACGAUUUCUGGAUGUAUGACCAUUCCACCAAUAGAUGGCUGUCCAAACCUUCCUUGCUUCGAGCCAGGAUAGGCUGCAGACUGGUGUACUGCUGUGGUAAAAUGUAUGCCAUUGGAGGUCGCGUUUACGAGGGUGACGGGCGUAACUCCCUGAAGUCCGUGGAAUGCUAUGACAGCAGAGAGAACUGUUGGAGGACUGUGUGUGCAAUGCCUGUCGCCAUGGAGUUCCACAGUGCCGUGGAGUACAGAGAGAAGAUCUAUGUCUUACAGGGAGAAUUUUUCCUCUUCUAUGAGCCUCAAAAAGACUACUGGGGGUUUCUAACCCCCAUGACGGUGCCUCGAAUCCAGGGCUUGGCUGCGGUGUACGAGGACUGCAUCUACUAUGUGGCGGGAACCAGUGGGAAUCACCAGCGCAUGUUCACCGUGGAGGCCUACAACAUUGAGCUGAACAAGUGGACCCGCAAGAAGGACUUCCCGUGCGAUCAGUCCAUCAACCCGUACCUCAAGCUGGUCCUCUUCCAGAAUAAACUUCACCUGUUUGUGCGAGCUACUCAGGUGACUGUGGAGGAGCAUGUCUUCAGAACCAGCAGGAAGAACUCCCUGUACCAGUAUGAUGAGGCGGCCGACCAGUGGGUGAAGGUGUACGAGACUCCGGAUCGGCUCUGGGACCUGGGCCGGCACUUUGAGUGUGCUGUUGCCAAACUCUACCCUCAAUGUCUUCAGAAAGUGCUCUAGAGCAGCGGGCCUCGCAGCGUCUCUGGCCGCUCGUGCCAGGAGACCUGUCCUAAGAAGCGCUGUCUGUCUUUAAGAAAGCCGAGUUCUGUGCACAGAAAUAGGUGCUUCUAAGCUCACAACUUAGAGGGACUCGCUUUCGCUUUUCUGAUGCUUUCAUUUCAGUAAGGUAAAGGUGACAAAGUGCAAUUAUCAGCAUUUCUCCCCCUGGCAUUUAAGUAACCUGUCAUCCUAGAGUUUUGUGAUAGCCACUAAGGUACUAGAGGAGUCGAGACAACUAUGCACUCCAUCAGCGCAGUUAGGGUGUCCCUGGGUGGAGACACACAGACCAGGUGGACCUGACUCUUUAUUUUAAAUACGGGUAACAAUCUGAGGCAAUAUCACUAGGAGUUGUUUAGCUGUGACCUCUAACACAGAAGCACUAACUUAGAUCCUCAUUCUUAAUAUUUAUAUGUAUUUACAUGUAUAUUUUUGUGUACUGUUUUCAAGUGGACUGAGAUUUAAAUGCGUUGUCACUAGAGCUGACUGAAGGAGAAACUUAGUCUCAGAGAGAACUUAUUGGUUCCACGGUUUCACGUUUCCCACGUACCUUUAAGUUAAGCUAAAGUUUUAAGCGGCAGUUUUCUGUCAGAAACUUCUUCAAGUGCUAACACUGUCUCAUUUUUUUAAAUCCUGGAAAGGGCUCAGAUUGGCAGGUGGCUGGUGCUAGCAUCAAUUAAUUUGGGUGUGUAGCAAGCUACACAGUGUUGAAAUGGUCUGAGCCUGCGCUCUCCUUUGACAUGAGUACGUGAGUUUCUUGGCCGUGGUACUCUGUCGACCUCUUGUGAUUUCACAGGGUUUGCUAACUGUGAUAAGGUGUGGCCAGGUACUGUCCGACUGGAUUCAGUGGGAGAACAGACUGUUGUACCAAGUUUGCACUAACAGGGGCCAUUUUAUUGCCCUACCUCCUUUUCCAGCCUCUGCCUGUCCAGAUUGCCAGUCCAGUGAAAGUUAACUCAUAAUGUGAAGAUUUACAUCUACUUCUAAAAUUUUGUUUUCUCAGAAACAUAAAAUUCCUCCAGUGGUUUAAUAGUUUAAUGACUUUUAAAAUUUCAUAUUACAAUUACAACCUCAUCAUUUUCCUUUUGCACUUAACAGAAAUGAAUACUUUACAUUGAAAUACUCGUUCUAGCUGAAGGUGAUCAAGGAAGAGUGAGAGAACAGAACCAUGGCUAUGGGUACGAGGUCGUUUUUCACAUUUAACUGGUGAAUUUCUAACAGUGAGUUAGGAAAUACUGACAUGAAGGACAGACUUGUUUGUGGAUCUGAGACAAGUAUCUGGACUGGAACGUCGUCUUGCCUCUGCCUAGAAUGUCUGAUAAAGGAUUUAAGUACAGCCCCGUCUGUCCUCAGUCAGAACAGUUUGAUUUUCUUGAAGAAAGCAAACUUGCGUGGUUUGUAUUAAACACUCUUGCACAAAUUGUAAUAUGAUACUGUGAAAACAAUUUAAAACAUUGCCUCUUUGCAUCACAUACCUCGUUUUUCAGAAACUUUCCAAACUGCUUUUCAAAGACCUCUAUAAGUAGGGACAGUUUUCUGAAGUGGAAGUUCAAGUGGAUGGCCUUUGUAGACUUAACAUCUUAAAAUCUAGUCCUAGAAAGCUAGAUACGUGGCUUCUAUUUAUUGGCUUCGACAGUGCAUCUGUGAUCUCUUGACAAGCGUUGUCGGCCAAUAUCUUACCCCACCCCCAGGUUUCUUUGUCUUUUAUUUUAUCUUUUGGUUAUUUCCAGUUUUGUUUUUUUACAGUUUUACAUUGCUGAGGACAGGGGGAAAUACAACCAGUUCUGCAAGAGAUAACCAUGUAAUUUAUUUUGCAAGCUUUGUUGAGUAUCUAAGAUUUUCUUCCGCUUUUUGACAAUCUUCUGUAUUUAGAAAAAUAUGUUACUUGAAAACGAGACAGAACGUUGAGUGUUUGUGUGCUGUAGGAUCCAGAAGAGAACAAAGCUGUGGUUCGUUCUACAGCAGAUUUAUUCUGUGGAUCUCUACAAUGGUUGAUCCUUUUGCUAUAACAGUUUAUAUCAAGGGUAUGAUCUAAGUGUAGUGUGUCAGGGCCAAUGCUUGGAAUUUGCUAGAGCAGCAGAAUACCUAUUGGAUUUUAUAUGAAGAACUGUUUGUUAUAUAGCUCAGAUGUUUGGCCACUGUUUAAAAUGGCUUCAAAAGAGGUCCUAGAAAACCUAGUGCUCUGUGUGGGUCAAUGUGUAGACACUUGAUGGCACAUUUUCAUAGUAUGAGAAUAUAAGUGAAAGACACGGUGGCUGCCACAGAUUAGGGGUAAGUCUGCCGUGUCCCACUUUAGCUGUGUUUCUGCAUUUGAAGAAUGUAUGUAGCACUUUCCUAUGUAUUUUUUACACAUAGAAAACUGGACUUGGUAUAACUGUGUCAUAGGAAAGUAGAAAUUGUAUUCUUUAUUUUCCAUCUUUGUUUUCUGUUAUCUUACAAGUUGAUGCUUAAGCGUCAGGCAGAUUUCACUGGUGCAUGAGAAAAGGUGGAUGUGAUCUGUAAGGAAUCGGAUUCCCUGUGUGAAGCAGUGUAAUAUGGCAUUUGAUGUUCAGUGCUCAGGUAUGUAGUAAGUACUGUAGUCCUAUGGGGGCAAAUGUGUAGAUAUUUUUAAACAUUUUGCCGUAAUUGCACAAUUUUUUGCAUUUUUACCUGAUGUCAUUGUUUCUUAUAAUAAAACCUUUUCUGAUUAAAACUUCCAGUGUUGUAAUCUGACCUCCAAUGAGUGAGUUUUGCAGAGUUAAAAUUGUUGGAAGUCACGAAAUACCUCACGUCAUGAUAGAUUUUAAUCUGUUAAAAACCUGGCCUUUGAUAGAGAAUGAAAUAAUCACUAUCACUGUGUGUAAUGUUCUAAGUUCUAAAGAAGCUUGUUUAUCUCAGUAACUCCUGUGUUCUGACCUGAACUGUUCCUGUGUUUGACUCAUUCUCUUACACACGUCACAUGCAAUGUGUCAGAAGGUCCUGUGCUGUCCCUCUGUCCAUGUCCCCUACUGCCACCCUCAUCCAGUCUAAGCCAGCCUGUCUUGUCUACAAUGCAGUUGCCCCUGAACCUGUCUUCCUCCUGCCAUCCCUGACCUCUUUGGAAUUUCCCCACACAUAGUCUCGUGACCCUGUUAAAACAUAGGUCAGAUCAUGUCCCUCUUCUGCUCAGACUUCGGCUUCCCAACCCCUUAUCUAUAAGAGAGCCAACUCCUUAUCUAUAUGGUCUGCGCCUCAACCCCGUCACCAUCCCGGGCUCAACUUGAUUCCAGCCACACUGAGGUGCGGCCUUCUUGCUGCAUCUCCCUGACAACCCACUCACCUUACGGACUUGUGUGCAGACGGCCUUCCCUAAACACCUCAUUUUCCACUCCUCCUACCCAUCCCACCUUCCUUCCCUGCUCUAUUUUUCGUGUCUUCCCCCAUUAAAAUGUCAGCUCCACAAAGGGGAAGAGCACGUUCCAUUCUCCAUUGCACUUGAGAUCAUUGCCUGGUGCAGAGCUAGGUGUUCAGUACGUGUUUAAGGGAGAAAUGAAUUUUCCAAAAGAUCUCAGAGCACCCUGAGAGGUGGUAGGACCUGAACUGUCUGUGCUUCUUAUCCAGGGAGUGGAUGAGGUGGAACCUAGCUUCUCUCUGUUUCCCCCUCUGCACCUCCUUCCUGUCACUGUGUUACUGUACCAUACACAGAGGCUAAAGGUCCCCUGGUGAGGGGUGGCCUGGGCCUGGAGCCAAGUUUUCCAUUUCUCCUCUGUUAGGCACAUUCUGUUCCAAACCAAAUGCACAGAAGAGACCAUCCUUUGUUGAAUGGUUGCCCCUUUAGAGUUCCAUUUUCUCUCAACAUUGUUAUUUAAAAUACCUACUGUGGUUCUUAUCCUGGGAGUGGGUGAGGUGGGAAGUGGCUUCCCUCUGUUACCCCCUCUGCACCCUGUCACUGUGUUACUAUACUAAUAAGCCACUGUUUCUCAUUCUGGAAGAGAUUAUGGAAAAGUGGUGUCAUUUUAACCUGAAGUAUAUGGCAGGAUAUAUGUAUAGUGAAGCUAUUUGGACUUGAUGCUCCAUUUUGGAGGGGUAUUAAUUCAAUUCUCAGAUAAUAGAGGGAUAUCUGGGUUGUAUGUGUCUCCUGUGAGUUUCACUUCUGCCUUUCGAGAGAACAUGAACAGAUGUGUGGGCCUAGAGUUGUUCAUUACAUCCUUAUGUCUGUGGAAUUGGCAGCGAUUACCCCUCUUUCAUUUCUGAUAUGGUAAUUUGUUUAUUCUUUUUGUUCUUGUUUCACUUGCUAGAGGCUUGUCAAUUGCACUGGUCUUCUUGAAGCACCAAACUCUAGUUUUAAUGAUUUCUCACUAUUGUUUUGUGUUGCAAUUGCAUUGAUUUCUGCUCUUUUAGACCUUUCUUCUUUUUCUAGUAGUAUAUUUAAUGCUGUAAACUUUUGUCUAAGUAUUGUUUUUAUAGCAUCCCACAAAUUUUGAUAUGUUGCAUUUUCAUUUUUAGUACAGAAUAUUUUUUAAUCAUAUCCACUUGGAGAAUAUGCCCUUUCAUAAUUAUGUAAUACCUCUUUUUGAACCUUGAUAAUCUUUCUGGUUCUGAGGUCUUGCUGUAUAAAAUUAAUGCAGCUUCUUGGCUUUCUUUUACUUUACACUAGCUUGACUUCUUUUUCUUUUGACUGCAUCUUUAUGUGCAAACUGGGUCUCCCGUAGACAGCUCCUGGCUGGGACUUACCCUGUGUACACGGACAGUCUGUUUCUGUGCAGCUUGGUUAUAGAGCACUGGCAUUUAAGUUGCUUACUGACAUCUUCCAUAUUCGUGGCUGUUUUCUGUUGGCUGUUCUUAAUCUGUUUUUGCCUAUUUUCUUGCUUUUUCUUGUGUUGACCUUUUUUAAUUACUCUAUUGUAUCUGCUCUUAAUACAUGAGUUCUUUCCCGAGGUUCUUGUUCACCUGGCCCAAGGCAGCUGAGUGGGCACUCUGUGCCUGUGCCUUGCAGGCUGUUCAGUUCACUCUGCGGGACAUGCUGUAGCUGUUCAGCACAUCUGUAUGAGCUUUACUUGCAGCCGUUCUGCUUUCAGAUCGAUUCAUAUAAGAGAUGUUUUACCUCUGUGUAUUCCUUCCCUGACAGUGUUCAUUCCUUUGUGUAGGUCUUUCUGCCCAAACAACUGUCAUUUGACACUGUUUGCAAGGCAGGUCUGCACAGAAGAUCUAAUUCAGAGUUUGAUUGCUGUAUUUCUCUUCACUUCUGAAAGAUGAUUUUGCGGGCUGCAGUGAGUAGUGUCCCUGUCUCAGUCCUCAGUGGCCCGUGCCUGAGGCGUCUGCAGCCUUCACAGAAGCUUCUCUGCUGACUCCCCUGCUGGGUCCUCCCUGCCUGGGUGCAGCACCCCUGCUGUGACCCUUGACCCCUGUGGGCUGUUUCAUGCUCCUCCCUGCAGGAGGGAAGAGAAGGCUGCAGGGAGAGGGUUGGGGAUGCUGUUUCCCUGCUUCUGUCCAGCUCUGGCCACGCUCUGUCCCUGGAGAGAGAGUGGGCCUUUAUUUCUGGGUACUUCAUCAUCCUUAUCCCUCCCCUGCCAGACGCUGGGGGGUCUUCUCAGAUUUUCCACAAGAAGCGCCUACACCCGAGUCCAGGGUGGCGCCGUCAGCCUCCCUUCUCUGAGGGUCUUUCCGCUGGAGCAGACUUUCUUCCCAUAGGUUCUGGGGGGACACCCAACGUCUUCCCACCCUCUUGCUGAGUCCCCACAGCAAGCUCCUGCUAUGUACGCGUGGGUUGGACAGAUGAAUUAUUUGGUUUGUACAUAAAUGUUUAUCACUUCUUUAUACAUUUAAUAUGUUUCACACAAAAAAAAAGUUGAAAAGACUGACUUUGUAAGAAGUUCAUGUGCUACGCAUCUGGGCGUAUCUUUUACUCGUCAUGGUAUGUUCAUGGACUUAUUUGGCAUAUAGUUCAGAGAACGUUGACUCUCGAGGACCUUAUCACCCAGCACUCCAGGACCAAAUUAAAGUGAUUUGAUAUAAUUUAAUUAAAGUCAUCAAUCAUUUUAAGAUAUUUUUACCAAACUGUUAAAAUUAAAUUGAAAACUUCAGUGUAAUCAUUUUAAAUCAUGCUUAUCAUGUUCAUAUGAAACAUUUUCUAUUGCCUAGUUUGUUAAAGAAAAAAGAUUUGAUCCUUUCUGCCUUUCCUCCAUAAACAUGUGUAUAACUCUGAUUUGGUCAACAAAACACUGUAAUAAAUAAUAACAAACCAAUUGUG